AUGGCGCGUGUUGUGAACGAGGUGUACGAAAAGGUGUUUGGCCGCCCUACGGGCCCGUACGAGAUUGCGGGCAUUGUCGAUUUUGGACAGCCGACGCUGUGGAUUGCGGUCGCUUCGAUCCUGUUCAACCCCACGUUCUGGAACGUAUUCGCGCAGAAUGAACACCACAACCGCACGCUGACGCGCCUGCUGGGCAAUAGGCCCUAUUUGGGAUGCUACAUCCUCGCGGUGACCAUCUUUUCGCUGGGUAUCUUGCGCGACCACCUGUACAACAACGCACUGUCCCUCCAGCCGACCUACGCCCCGCUCGAGCACCCGGCGGUGCGCGCGGUGGCGGUCGCGCUGUUUGCGUUCGGCAGCGUGCUCGUCGUGUCGUCUAUGUGGGUGCUGGGCGUGACUGGCACCUACCUCGGCGACUACUUUGGCAUCCUCAUGGACGAGAUGGUGACCGGCUUCCCUUUUAAUGUCGUGAGUGACCCGAUGUACGUCGGCAGCACCGCCAACUUUGUCGCCGUCGCCCUGUGGUACGCCAAGCCCGCCGGUCUCUUGCUGAGCGUCAUCGUGUGGGUGACCUAUGCGAUCGCGCUGCGCUUCGAGGGUCCUUUCACCGCCAACAUCUACAAGGAGGCGGCCGAGCGCAAGUCGGCGAGUGCCAACACGGCCUCGACGCCGGCCAGGGCCACCGCCUCGUCCUCGGCGCGCGCCUACGGCACGCGCUCGCAGUCCAAGCGCCACGUGCAGUAG